AUGGCCGACCAAGCUCCCAUAUCCCUCAACCUCCCUUCAAAAUACAUCUCCAAAUCCGCCAACUUAGCCAGCAAAUCCCCAGCCCCAAGCAUCGAAUGGCUCACCGCAACAUGGACAGUCACCCACUCAACCCUUCACAUGUGGCGAUCAGCGCGCAACGUCCGCAUCACGUACAAGCCUCUGCCUCCCAAAGCCGACGGCAGUCCACGCAUAGACGACCUGGUAGAAUACGAACCCACCAAGUCGUCGGGCGUGCUAAAGACCGUCGCGGGAGUCGAUACGCAGUCCGCUGAUGGGGGCUGGGACUGGAGGGGCAAAGGGUUGCUGUUCUUCGUGUCGAGUCACUGGGAGUUACUUGGCUGGGGGGAGGUUGUGAACGCGGAGGGGAAGAAGGAGAGGUGGGCGGUUACGUGGUUUGCUCCGACGGUGUUUACGAAGGAGGGUGUUGAUGUGUAUUGUGAUUCGGAGGCGGGGUUGAGCGAGGAGACGUAUGGGAGGAUUGAGGAGGCGUUGAAGGGGAUGGAGGCGAGGGAGAUUGUGGAUAUGACGGAGAGGGAUAUGAGGGCUGUUGAGAUUAAGUUGCCGAGGGUUGCGGGCUGA